AUGAAACGAUGCACGGUGCUCCGCCCAAGUAGCCUUGGGACACUGGGGCCUCGCCAGGCUCAACGAUGGCACUCCUACGAUAAAGUCUCCUUGACGAAAGAGGCGCUGCUACGGAAAGUCGAAGCUGGCCUUGGACACGACACGGACGGCGAGUCAUUAAAGGUUGAUCCCGAGGCCAAGAUCAUCUCGACGGCGGCUGGAGAUCUUCCAAUCUCGCCGAUAUUUGAUCCAGCAUGGAUGCAGGCUAGGAGGAGGACUGAAAAGGCUGCUCCUGGUCCGCCACUUGGCAGGUUUCGACGGAAGCUCGCAAACAAUCCAUUUGCACAAGCUCUCGCUACACCAAUACGAAGAUGCCCAAGCAGCAACACGAGCUUACCACGCUACUUCCUACAGGACUUUGAGCUUAUAAAGCACCCGACGACUGGCACGCCCUGGUGGGCUCCCGGCCCGUUAUCUUUCGAGCAUGUCCAGCCCACAAAGAGAUUAGACGAAGCACAAGCCAGCAUCAGCACACAUGAUGGAGAGGCCUCGGCGGCGGAGCCCAUGUCGAUUCCUGCUGCAGGUCGAAACGAUAAUGCAGAAGCCCCGGAGGAGCAUGUCCGCCGACUGCGGAGAGCACCCAUAACGAGUUACAUGCUGAAUCGCAAGCUGCUGGUUGACAUGGUUGGUGGGCCAAACAAGAAAUACCUCGCAAUGCUACUGGCGGCCCGAAGCGGCAUGGCUAUCGCCCCGGACAGUAAGACUGCUGUCUGGAGGGAAGAUAUGGGCGAUGUGCUCCUGCAGAUGAUGCGUCAACAGGCAACUGAUGCGCUAGCUACUCGUAGCAAUCGGUUACACGAACCCAAACACAAAUUCAUCGAACCCUGUGCGAAUUGGAAGGAUGUCAAAGGCGUCAGAUUGCGGGGCUGUGUUCUCUGGCUGCCUGCGAAGAAAGAUGCAGCAGAUCAGUAUGCAACACUGGAUAUCGGGGAAGCUCAAUACGGAAGGAAGAUGGUUGUGCAUAAUCUACAUUGGCUGCUCGGCGAGGGGGAGGUGCAGCGGCUGAGAGACUCGGCUCAAUUGUUUCGAGAUGGAGAAAUAUUCGUGCUGAAGCAAUGGCCAAGUAUGAGCGUGAUGAAGCUGCAUCUCUUACUGUGGAGGCUACAGGGCUAUCUGGCGGCACCAGAUGCAGGCAGCUCUCCACGACGGCACCAUCCACCAACAAUGCGCGGUCCCAACCCAGAGCUGAUCCAGCCGGAAGACUGGGCUCGGCCAGAUCAGCCCUCAUACAACACGCCCGUCUUCCUCAUCCACGAUGGCGGCGGCACCACCUUUGCCUAUCACUGCCUGGAGAUUCUCGGCCGCUACGUCUAUGGCGUCCACAACCCCUACUUUUACACCGGCGAGGUCUUUGAGGGCGGCAUCCCCGAGAUGGGCCGCACCUAUGCAAACUGGAUCCGACAGACCGUGCAGGAAGACGAGUUUCCCGCCAGGCGAAGGAAUCACGAGGGCACAAUCAGCAUCAUGCUCGGUGGCUGGAGCUUGGGUGGCCUGCUGAGCAUGGAGGUUGCGCGACAGCUGGCAGACGACGACGUCGUGCGAGUGUCGGGCAUCCUCAUGAUCGACAGCAUCUACCCGGGCAACGAAGAAGACACGUCGUCGGACGAAGCUUCGACAGACCGAGAGGGCCUGACGCAGAACCAGAUCCACUCCAGGCGAUGCAUGGCGGAGGCUGUGCGCAUGGUCCGACAAUGGCGUCUUCCCGAGUGGUCUGGAAGACUCUACAACCGACGGCCACGGGUGGUGUUGCUGCGCGCAAAGGAAUACGUGCCGACAAAGGAUGGUCGCAUGGUUGGGCUGGACUUGAACCGAGAGGACGAGUUGCUCGGCUGGGGCGAUUACGACGACGAGAUGUUUUGCGACGUGUUUGAUGUGGACGGUCACCACUUUGACAUGUUUGCGUUUGAGAGGAUAGAUGCUAUGACGAGGACCAUCAAGAAGGGCCUUGAUAGGCUAGAGGAGUGUUCGCAGAUGAUGACGUUUGGAGAUGGCUGGUAG